AGAGGAAACACGUAGAGCCACAACAACACAGCAGCGUCGAGAGGAGCCGCAGCUCCAGCUUCAAGCCGCCGUCAGGACGAUCCUGCCGCCGGAGCUCCAUUGUUCUCAGCGACCGGGAGGAGGGGGACACCCAUGCUCAGCUCAGGGAGAAUGGAGGAAUUCGUAACCGAAGAGGAAGAGCCGUGGUACGACCAGCAGGACCUGGAGCAGGACCUCCACUUGGCAGCAGAACUGGGGAAGACUCUUCUGGAGAGGAACAAGGAGCUGGAGGACUCUCUGCAGCAGAUGUACAUCACUAAUGAAGAGCAAGUGCAAGAGAUAGAGUACCUGUCAAAGCAACUGGAGGUUCUUCGGGACAUGAAUGAGCAGCAUGCCAAAGUGUACGAGCAGCUGGACGGGACCGCCCGAGAGCUGGAACGCACCAACCACACCCUGGUGACAGACAGCAAGACCUCACAGCAGAAGAUCGAGAGGUUAACAGGGACUAUUGAGACUUUGCAGAGCCAGGUGGAGACUCUGUCAGGGCAGGUAGAGCAGCUUCGCUCCAUGGAGCAGCUGCGAGUCAGGAGGGAGAAGAGGGAGCGACGCAAGACCAUCCACUCAUUCCCUUGCCUGAGGGAGCUUUGCACCGCACCCAGGUAUGAGGAUGAAUUUGUAGUCGGCAGGGCUGAGAGCUUUACUGUGGAAGCCAAGCGUCAGCCGUUUGAAGAAGAGAACCAGCACCUGCGGGAGGCGGUGUCAGCCCUGCGAGCAGCUGUCCGGACUGAGAGGGGUCGGAGGGAAGGGGUGGAGAGGGAGUGCAACCUCCUGAUUGCAGAGUUCUCCCGGCUGCAGACACGGGUGCAGGAUGCUGAAAGCUGCCAGUCGAGGGUACGGGAGUUGGAGGUGGAGCUGCAGGAGCUGCAGCAGCUGCGUCGCGCUCGGACUUUCCUGCUGAGCAGCGAGGACGACGGUGUGGCUCUUACACAGACUGUCCUCAAUAUCACCCCAGAGACCGACACUUUCCUGGAGGUGGAGGUCGGGGAAACAGGAGGGGGUGUAAGGGAGGAGACUGAAGGGGGAGGAGGUGUCGGAGGUGAGACGUUACCUGAGUCCAGCCCUGUGAGGAAAAGCUGCAGCGACACGGCGCUUAACGCCAUAGUGGCCCGGGACGCAUCUGGCCGCAGGAGAGGCAGCUACGCUCUCCAUGCCAACAGUGUGAGGAAGAGAGGGAUGUCCAUCCUCAGGGAGGUGGACGAGCAGUACCACGCCUUACUGGAGAAGUACGAGGAGUUGUUAGGGAAGUGUAGGCGCCACGAGGAGAGCCUGUGUCACGCCGGAGUCCAGACUUCCAGGCCCGUCUCCCGAGACCCAUCAAUGAAAGACUGUGCCAUGGGCCCCACCCCAGCGCCUCCCCCGACUCCCACCCAGUCACCCUCCACCCCUGAAGCCAUUGAGAGCAUCAGCAAGCAGGUGGAGGCGGUGGAUAAGCGACUGGGGCAAAACACUCCAGAGUACAAGGCUCUUUUUAAGGAGAUCUUCUCUCGUAUCCAGAAGACCAAGAUGGACAUCAAAGCUACCAAAGCUGCGAAAGCUAGCAAAUCUGGGAAAUCAGGCAAAUCUAGUAAACACUAAAUUUGCACCGAUUGGCUCUAGAGAGGAUGAAUUGUUGCUUAUUCAGUGUUUAGUGCUCAAGUUUGUGAACAAGGGGCCUGGUAUGAACAGUCUUAUAGAGGGUGCUACUUUGAAAAAUGGUAAAUUCAAGUCCAGUCAAUGUCAACUGAGGUCACCAGACUGCACAAUUUUCAUCCAGAACUGAAACCUUCCAGAAAACAAAAACAACCUGAUUUGCAUGUGGCCAAUUUUAAAAACAGAAUUCAGACUAAAGUAUAUAAAACACUGAAUAAUUUGUUGAGGCCUAGCUAGAUUUCACUCCCACCAUAUUCAGUGUUCCAACUAAACCUAUACUGGCUUCACCGCCUUACUAUCUCACACACCACACUUACAUCAACACAGCAGUAGCAGUAUGCCUAUCGUGAGCAUCACAAGUGCACUAAAAGCUUAAGCUCCACAAAAAAAACAUGAGGAAAGUGCAUCAUUGGCAAGAACACGAGUGGAAACCUGAUAUUACCAUAAACUGUAUCCGUUGUGUUUAUUAUAAAGGACUAUACUAACAUUUGUGUAACUACAGUAAGACAAAGGUUGAAGGCUCACCUCUCAAUCCGCAGUGCUGUCUGUUUCAAGAAUAACCCGUAGGUGCUAAUAAUUCUCCCGUUACCUAUAUCACUAAUGACGUUAACACUGCUGAAAAUCUAAGUAAGCCUUUUUUCAUGGCCACUGUCUUCUGUGUGUGACCUGACUUCUGCUUAUUUAAAGAUUGUUUGUCCUCGCCUUUGGUCUAGAUCAUAGACUUGUAUAUAAAAAAUGGACGUGGCCACUCUCACAUCUCCCAUUUUAAAGCCUUAAGGUUUGAAAUUUCUGCAUCAUCUAUUUUAUGGGAUAAUAGUUUACAAAAUCAGCAUCUUGCUGCAUUAAAAGGGAAUUAAUAAUGGAGGUAACAAGUUAAUUAAAAAAUAAAAAAUACAAAUAGGGUCUUUGUCUUAUAGAUUUCUACACAAUCAUUUUUUUUAAACCAGAGGAGUCACACCUGCUGGCUGUUAGAAAAGAAUGCAGUUGUAAAAUUAUCCAUGUUGAUCUCAGCUCCGUCCAUCUUUUAUAUACAGGUCUGGACAUUUCAAGGAAUACUUAAAUAUUAAUGGAAAUACAAACUUGAUUUUUAAAAAAACACCAUACCACUGUCAAGUUUGUACAGUGAAUAUGACGCUAUGACAAUUGGCAUCCAGCUGGUUAGCCUAGCUGAACAUAAAAACUAGCUGGAAGUUGUGAUUUUACAGAGGUUAUUUCUUGGCCAGGGGCAGAAACCAUGACUUUUCGUGAACAAAUAGCAAACUUAGGAGGAAAUGGAUUUUGUUAGCUAGCCGUUUUCCACCCGCACCUCGUCUUUGUGCUAAGCUAACUAGCUUCAGGUCAUAGCUUCAUAUUUAUCACACAUACACAGUCGUGACAUCACUCUUUUCAUCUAACUCAUCAAAAAAAAAAAACAUUUCACAAAGUAUUAAACUAUACCGUUAAUUACUUUUUUCCCCUUUUUUUUAAUCCAAAAUGCUCAGAUGAUUUUGGGGAUCAAGUGAAAAUAGUUUGCUAACUAUAAAAUGUCAGGAACUUGAGUCAAACUAGAAGCUUACAUAUAACUACUUUACAUACCAUCACCCUCAACUGCAUUCGUUUAAUUUCAACUCCCAUAGUUAGUAUUGGUAGUGAAAUGUCUUUCAUUUGGGCCGAAAAUGAAAUUGCCCAACAAGGUACAAGAAGCAUUUGUACUUAUUUUUAAGUAGCGAGUGACAUACAGCAUAGAAUCUGAGCUUCUUGUAGUUUUAGAUAGUGAAAGCUGUUGAGUUUUGAAUAUACAGGUGUGACGAUCCCAGUAAAUGCUGAAUAGCUGCUGUCUUAGAAAGAGGGUGCAAAGGACAAUCUCUGCAGAUAGUUGUUUUCAUGAUUUCUGGGCAUUAUGAACACUCAUACAGAAGACAGUAUAUAUACAGUGUGAGCAUAUCUGGUUGUUGGGAAGGCAGUUUUGUUUCGAUCAAACAAUGAGAAAGAUAAAAGACACAGAUUUUCAGUGCAGUUACUGGGAUAGCAGAAAAGGCCACCGGAUGGAGACGUCAGCAAGGAAGUUUAUGAAAAACCCACGUGGAACCUUUAUAAACACAAUAACUGUGGAGCUUUUUUAUACAAGUGUUAAGAAUGUUUUUCUUUAAUUAUAGCUAGACAGAAACACCGUAUACUUGACCUGUAACCAGUAUAAGGCUUCAAACCAGGGCUUUGUCUAACACCUAGCAGUCUUACCAAACUAUAAAACUAACCUGCAACUUAUUGCACCUUUUUCACAAUAUACAAUACCUAUGCCUUUUUCUGGGUAGCCUCCUGUACCUUUGUUAUAAUGAAUGUUAUUGCAGCUAAUGUUUUAUAUCCAACUCUUCAGUAAUGUUGAAGACAUAACCGAGCUUGAAACCUUUCACGCGUGGCACAGCUGACACCCGAGGGACCCUACGCUUGUGUUUGAGGCUGAAGUAUGUAAACUGUGGAGGAGGGAUGUUUGUCUGGAACCCAGAACUGAACUCAUGGAGGAGUCGUGUUACCUCCUCAUGAUAUGAAAGGUUCAUUGCAGCGGUGUAAUUAAACUUGACAACUGUGGUGUAUAAAGAGCUUUUGAGGUCAACACUCGUGUCUUUAAGAAUGAUUCAAGUGUAAGGAAUGGGGGAAUGUGUGUUAGCAUAGACAAAACAAUGCCAAACCAGAGCCUGUUAUUAUUUUAUAAAGGCUCGUAGGGUUUCUGUACUGUAAUGUCUUACCUAUUGCACUUGAAAAUGUCCUACGCCUCAUCUUUUGCGUUUAGAAUAGCUAAUAUGAAAUUGUACCUCUGUAUUUAUUUGUGUGUGAAUGUUUCUCUCUUUUUUUGACUUUUCAGUGCCUAUAUGUGAAUGUCAAUAACAUAUUGUCAAUAAACCUAUUUAAUUUGCUUUACUUUGGUUAUCCAGUUUAAACAUGUGCAUUAUUCGUUCAGAAGCAAUUGGCAUUAAAGUUUUGUUUGGACUGCCAUUAGUUCAUGUCAUUACUUAACUAAGAUCUACUUUACUCUGUUAAUAAAGCGUUCAUAUAAUGCAA